GGGAAAAGUAGAAGUCGUGUCAUGGAGGUGGCGAGCACCCAAGUACACGUUCGUCCCGAUGGCAAAAAGCUGAUUGACGUCACACUGAGACGACAGGGAAUGGUACCCGAACAGGCUGCGUUGGUUGUUCCUCAAUUCGAUGACGACGAUGACAGCAGUAGCUCUGACGACGGACCAGCGAUUGAAUUUUUAUUUGCAAGCAACAAGCAGAACACCAGUGGGACCAGCAACAACAACGAAGAGAAUAACCACGACGAGUGUGCAGACGGUCGUAGCCAUAGCCAGCAACAGCAGAAACCAUUCAGUGGUGAAAUCCAGUGGGAUCGUGUGCAAGAGCUCCAGGAACUAACAAAUGCCAACGCGACGUUGACUGCGGAAGCUCGAGAUCUUCGACAGCAAGUGAAAGCGCUGCAGAUCCAACUCGAGGCGCAAGCACCAGUGCCAGGGCUAGACGUCGACGCAGUUCAGGACAUUCUGCUAGAAAAGGACAGUCUUGACCACGAUAUUCGAGACGUGAAGAUCGUUCAUCAGGCCAAAACACUGCGAACCUUAAAACGUUCGCUACAGCGUGAGAAGCAGCUAGCGGCGGAUGGUUCAAGGCAAUGCAAAGAGCUCGAGAGAGCCAACAAGCAGUUUGAAGAAGAAGUUGACACACUCAAGAUGAAGUUGCAGCGCUUCCAGGCUCGAGCUGCCGCAGAAAAGAAACUCUGUGACGAGCUAAAGUCGAAGAACAUUGCACUGCAGCAGGAACUUAAGAAAACCCAACGCGCGUUGGUACGAGAAGUCGGUGAAGAUGUGCCACUUGAAGACAUUGUGGGGAAUACAGACACUGCCACCAGCGGUGCAAGCCGCCGUGGUCGAGCCCAGCAGAUUAUCAUGCUCAAAACGAAGGUGAAGCAACUGCAAACUCGGCUUGCUACCUUGAGACCGGGGACCAGCUCAACAGAUACGCACGAUAACGGACACGUACUGGACGUGGACCAACGAGCACAGCAAGAUCUGUCAGGUCUGCAAAUGCACCGACAAAAACUGCUGGACCAGCUCACAAGUCAACGCGAUGAACUGCAGGAGCGUCUUCAUCGGUUAACGCGUAAGUACGAUGCACUCAAGGCACGCGCGCAGAUUCUCGACAGGGAAAAGAAUGAAACACGCGACAAGUUUCAGGUUUUCGUUGACAAAUCCCGGACCGACGACGCCCUGGUGGACGCGCUUCAACGUCAACUGGAGACUUGGAAGACGAAGUUGCAUGAAGCGAGACGUGCACGAACUGCAGACGCUCCGAAAGCUGCCGGCACCAGCCAAGAGGAACGAGUUGAGUUGGAGAGGCUCCGCAGAAUUGUCGCUGAGCACAAGAGCAGAGCUGGUGACAGAUCAAACACUGCAAUGCCUCAGCCAAGCGAGAUUUCGCAGUGGAGAAGGAGCGUCUGA